UUUCACGGCAGUUGGUUCACAUUAGUCCCUAACAAUGAGGGUCUUAAUCUUUGUCUUGUUUUUUUUGGCAGUCUUAGCUUUUGGAGCCAAUAUUCCCCCAAAAUCCUGCCCUUUGGAAAAGGAUUGUGCAAAAGUGGACGAGGAAAGUGCCAUUUGUGGUUUGGAUGAGGAUAUGGGUUGCAUUCGGAAAUAUGCCUCAAGGUGUCAUCUGGAUAUAGCAGCUUGUAAUCAAGGAAAAGAGUUCAAGGACUUUAGUGAUCUUUAUUGCUCAAUGGAGGCAUAUUUCUGUGAAAAGUCACCCACCUAUGAGCGUUGGACCAUUUUCUUUGGCCAUGAAGAUGAUUAAAUUAAGUUGUUAAAAUAAGCAAUUAAGUAAAUCUUUAAGCAACGGAGAAGAUAUAAAUAUUACGCUUAUAAUUAUACAUUUUUGUAAUACCUUUUACUACCUAAGACUUAAGGAGUUAAGCUAAUAAGUCUUUAAAGAGCAUAACCUAGUCAAUUUGCUAUAACAAAUGCCUUUAGCCAAGCUUAUUCUUAAAUAAAUACUGUUUAAAAAUGUAAAUAUAUAAAGGGAAAACAUGUUUACACUUCA